AUGUAUCCAAACACAAGUUUUGACAGUUCAACCAAUCGGAUACAGACCAACGAAGAUUGUUCUCGACUUUUGAAAAUGUAUUUUUAUUAUUUUUCACUAUGUCGCAGGUGAAAUUAAUUGUGUAAACAGUAAGCACCGGUGAUCAGAUUCCAUUUACUCCAAAACUACCUCCAUUCAGAUAGACUGAGCAGGGUCGCAAGUAGAGGUUAUAUUUUAAGCCGUAAAAUUAUAAUCAUUAAAUAAGUACAUGAAAAUGUUUUGUUGGGGUAAUGCAACUCAUCAUGAAUUGUGUAUAGAAGGUCCGGAAACAAUUGAUUUGGUAAUAAAACCAACACUUUCAAAAUGGUGUGAAAGUAAUCGCAUACAAUCAGUAGCAGCAGGAGAAUUCCACACCCUUUAUUUGACUAACAAUGGUCAUCUAUACUCAUGUGGCAGUAAUGAUGUUGGUCAGCUUGGCAGACACACUGAAUCAAAUGAAGGCAAGAGCCCAGUCUUGACAUUUUCGCAGCAUUGGUGGACACGUUUAGAGAUUGCACAAUAUCGACAAUAGCAUGUGGGCUUCAACACUCUGUUGCGGUGGAUGAAUGGGGGCAGUCAUUCAGUUGGGGUUCGGACAGUAUGGGCCAGCUCGGCAGCAAUCUUGGUGCUCAUGCUCAGGACAAACCUAAGUUUAUGAAAGGUCUCGCAACCAAAACUGUCAUACAAAUUGCUUGUGGGGCUUACCAUUCUAUAGCUUUAACAAACAAUGGUGAACUAUACACUUGGGGUGCCAACAGUUAUGGUCAGUGCGGUUUGGGAAACAUGUCGAAUAAGGAAAUGACGCCGCAACAAAUCACAUCCUUGGUCGGCGUCCCUAUUGCUCUGAUUGCGAGCGGCAGUAACCACACGUUCGCUUUGUCGAAGUCGGGUGCCGUGUUUGGAUGGGGAAAAAAUUCACACGGGCAACUAGGAUUACAAGACAGAGAGAAUAAAUGCUAUCCGACACAUUUGAAAAGCUUGAGAAAUGUUAAGGUAUGCCACAUAGCAUGCGGUGAAGAUUUCACAGUGUUCCUCACGCUGGACGGUGGCGUGUUCACAUGUGGCACGGGAGAGUACGGGCAGACUGGACACGGUACCACUAGAGAUGAGCUGGUUCCUAGAAAGAUAGUGGAGCUGAUGGGCAGCACGGUGACGCAGGUGGCGUGCGGGCGGCGGCACGUGCUGGCGCGCGUGGGCGAGCGCGUGCUGGCGUGCGGGUACGGCGCGCGCGGGCAGCUCGGCUGUCCGCACGUGGCCGUGGCGCUCGUGCCCACGCCCGUGCCCUUCGCGCCCGCCGACCUCGCGCCCCCCAAGAAGAAAGCAAAGGUCGAGAGUACGAUGACGAUUGGCCGAUCUGGCAGCGCGGGAGCCUCUAAACAAUAUUUUUCGCCUGACAUCUUGAAGGGUCCGGUGAAGGUGUUCGCUGGUGGUGACCACAGUUUUCUGGUGGUGAACUGCGACAAGGUGGACUUCCGAGCGCCCGACCACACUAAACAAAUACUCACUCUAACUUUGCCUAAGCUAGCUGCGUGCGAAGUUUUCAAAGACCACGAUGUUGUUAAUCAGGAUUUAAUGGCCUACCUCGAAACUGUAUUUGGUUCCCUCGCAUGUGUAAAUGCAUCAUUUUUACUACCAAAUAAUGCACACUUUGGUUGCAACACCAAGACGCCAGGUGUCGAUUUAAGAAAAGCAGAAGAAGCUUUCACACUAGUGAGCAGAUUUGAAAAUAGUUCAAUCAAGGAACUCAUAUUCAGUCAUCUAACAGAAAAUAUAAUAAAGAAAGUGAAAAUGUCUCCACCGGACGCAGAGGCUCUCAGAAUGUUUCUUAUUUUGCCGUUGUACCAUGAAAUGAGAAAUCCGCGGCGGCAUUCAGAAUUGCAGGGCCCGUUCGCGGAGGCGUUCAACAAUCUAUCGGCGCAUCCACAGAAAAUUGUUACUCUUUGGUGGGAGGCGCAAACGACGGAAUAUUUCGAGAUGUUAGUGGAUAUCUUUAAAAGUGUUAUCGUGUACGAACUUAUACAGCCCGGUGUGUGUGCCAAUAAGAGAAUAUAUUUUACACACAGUAUAAUACAAAUAUUGAAUGUAUUAUCAUUGUUAAACAAAAUAAACUUCUCAAAUCCAAAGACACCUAAAAUACCGGCCGAAUGUUUCUACAUAGAAGAUCUUUGUAAUUACGUGGACAUAGCGGCAGAUUACAUUAAUUGGUUGUCGGAUCAAAAUUCAAUACAAACACACAUGUGUAAUUACGCGUUCCUAUUCGACGUUCAAUGCAAGUCGUUACUACUCAAAAUCGAUCAGCAACUGCAAAUGCAGAUAGCGAUUAGCCGCGCCGCUACACAGAUAUUCACCAGGAUGUUUGUAGACCCGUCGUAUGAAUUCCGACGGGACCAGUUCCUGAGUCUGGUGGUGUCCAGGGAUCACAUAGUCAGGGACACUAUGGCGCAGAUCAGCAGUCAUGAUACGUCACAGUUAAAAAAGCCUCUUAGAGUACAGUUUGUAGAAGAAGAGGCGGAAGACGCCGGCGGAGUAAAGAAAGAAUUCUUUUUCCUAUUGCUCAAGGAAAUAUUCGAUCCCGUGUACGGAAUGUUCAAACAGUCCGAAGAAACUAACAUGAUUUGGUUCUCGAACAAUCCGUUCGAAGACGAUGUUAUGUAUUAUUUGAUUGGUGCAAUAUACGGUCUAGCUAUAUACAACUCUAUAAUCAUAUACGUUCCGUUCCCGUUGGUACUGUACAAGAAGUUGUUGGGCGAGACGGUGAUGUUGGACGACUUGUCGGAUUUGUACCCGACACUCGCGAACAGCUUGAAGAGCUUGUUGGCGUAUCCUGACGAGGAUGUUGAGGAGGUAUUCAGCUUGUAUUUCGCCGUGAACACAGUAAUAUUUGAUCAAAUCGAAGUGCAUCCGCUAAAGGAGAAUGGCAUCAACUUGCCGGUGACGCAUGAGAACAAAGAGGAAUACGUGGAGCUUUAUGUCGAUUUCCUUCUCAACAAGUCCGUAGCGAAUCAGUUUAAAUCAUUCAAUCAGGGCUUCCAGAAGGUAUGUGGUGGCAGAAUAAUUAAACUAUUUAGAUCACAUGAACUAAUGUCUGUCGUUAUUGGAAAUGAGGAAUACGAUUGGGAUCUAUUCGAAACGAACUGUGAAUACAAAAAUGGUUAUUCGGCGAACGAUCAACAAAUUAGAUGGUUUUGGGAAACGUUUCAUGAGCUGUCCAUCGAUGAUAAGAAAAAGUUCUUAUUGUUCUUGACUGGCAGCGACCGUGUGCCUAUACAGGGAAUGAAGGAUAUUAAAAUCCGAAUACAACCAGUAGCUGACGACAGAUUCUUUCCAGUAGCCCACACUUGUUUCAACCUGCUCGAUCUACCGCGCUACAAGACGAAGGAACGUCUCAAAUAUUAUCUACUGCAAGCCAUCCAGCAAACGCAAGGAUUCUCCCUUGUAUGAAUAUGUUGUGUGUUGAAUGUUGAUUACAUAAUUGUUUGUUUUAAGGUUCAUUUCUGACUGAGUUAUGACUGAAUAGGGAUACCAGAUUCUAAUUACAUAAGUGACAUAAAAUUAUAUGGUGAUAAAAAUCAGGCACAGUUAAAUCCUAUUUUAUAGAAUAAAUAAGGCAUAGAAUUUAUUAUCUGUUUUUUAUUAUAGAAUUAAAAUUUUAAUGGAGAAUUUUAAGUCGCGUGUUGCACUGUUUUAUCAUUUUAUACUUAACGAGCUUAAGAGUGCAACGUUAACGAGGAUUAACUUGAGUUUGAUUUUUAUUAACCCACUUUGUAAAGUGUUUUUGGCUGGUUUAAAUCAUGACUAUAGUGCCAUUACACGGUAUUACGCAGGAAGCUUGUUCACUUUGGAUUUUCAGACAUUUGAUAUACAUAUAUAGACGGUACUCAUUCCUAAAAACUAGUGUUUAACACUUUAUCGAUUCUUGUUCCAUAUAAUUCUGUAUUAGAUUAUAUGAUUGGGUUAAACAAAUAACGAAUUUUAACACUAGUUGCAUUCAUUGCACGCCGAAACAUGCCUUCAACUUAGUAGAAAUUGUAGGGACAUGACUGUUAAAUUAUCGAUAAGUAAUUAAUGCUUAGGGCAAACAUGGUCGAGAUAGUUUCACUUAGAAGAAUAUAGAAUGAUAUUUUACCCUGUUUGAAUACUAAAAUAAUUAUAUGCCAAUAAUACAUAUAGCUUUUACAAUUGCUAGACUUUCCGUUGGUGCCUUUGGUAAAUAACGGUAUUUUACACUGAUAUGAAUACUUUUUAAAUUAAAUGUAAUGCGUGUUGUGUUAAAUUAUUUUUAUCAUUAUGCAUUUAUGUAGAAGUUGUUCUGUGUCUUUGAUUACGGGGUACUGAUAUUACAAUUCCAAGGUCUUGGCUAUUUAUCGUGUUGACGAGUUUUAAUUUUAAAUAUAGAGGCUUGUUGAAACUUGGUGAUUUUAACUGCUUAAUUUUAUUAUUGGGUGUGGCCAAGAUUAAAUAGUUGAAUGAUGUCCACGAAUUUAUAAUAAUGUGGCAAGACAAAUGCUAUGAAUAAUAGCAGAAUUCGAUCAAAUUAUUGUGAAGCAUCAUGUUUGUCACUGUGAUAUUAAUGGUAUGCCAUCCAUUCGUUGACCAUAGUGAAAUUGCUUUUACGAUCGUUAUUAGUUAACUUUUUAAAUGUUUGUACAUGAAUGUAUAUGGUACUUAGCUUGGCUAGUUCGCUGUUAUGUUUCGAAGCAUUUAAGUAUGCACUUUGGCCUAGCUGUAGGACAUGGUUGGUACACAAUGUAUCUAUUGUAUAAUAAUAUAUUAUUUUCAUAUUGAUAUACGUGUUUUUGUCAUACGAUUUUUUGUAUAAGGUAACAUAAGUGUAUACACUUGUGUAAUAUAAAGACGUUUUGGCAUU